AUGACAAAUAUCUUUGAUGUGCGCUGCUACAUGAUCAUAUUGUUGUGCCGUACACUCUAUACAACGUUGAGUAUAAUUGCUAUUCUUGUGGUCAUUUUCAGCAUGAGCAGGUACCAUAAAAGGGUUGCAGCAGCGAGUGGUGGCGAUUCGCAACAACUUGAUAAGUUUUUGAAGCAGCAGCGUUACGUCACCAAAACCAUGAUUCUUUCAUGCUGCGUCACAUUUUUUUUGUUUGUUGUUCCGACCACAGGCCAAAUAUUUGUGGUUCUGUUCUCACGUUUUACGUCAACCGGCGUCGCCAAUUCGUUUAUUGUGAUGCUCUCAUUGAUCAAUUCUUUGAAUACACUUGUACUGCUGCUUUAUCGGCAGCGAGAUUUGUUGCUCGGUGUACAAAGCUUACUUUGUCGAAAAUCCGUCAAAGUGAGCGCAACCACAACCAUAUUAUCUUGA